CAAUUUUUUUGUGAGGAAGGUCAAUCCUUUGUAGGAAACAAAUAAAAAGGCGAAAAGUUAUAAGGGCGUGACCACCAUAACUAUCGUGCACCCCCAUCUCCAAAUCCUUGUUUCGAGAGUGAUGCUGCGCAGCUCCUUAGAGGUCUCUUCUCAGGCUCAACAACUUACCCAAUACAUACGAAGCAAUCACCACCCUUCCACUACUCACUUCCAUAUCUCCUUCUCCAUCGCUUCGCACUCACUCCGAUACGUCUAAGAGAUAAUCGUGAAUAAAGAGAAUUCGAGGAAUAAAAUUUGAUAUACCGGAAAACAAAUGAAGCACCGCCACCAUCACCAGAAUUUAUCGUCUUCCGCCGCGGAAACGGCGGUGUCGUCAUCGGCUUACCAAUCUCCCUCUCCGGUACAACCUCCUUCAUCGGCGAUGUCGUCGCCAGCCAUGACCUCACCGUCCUUGUCGUCGCAGAAGCCUAUUGCGGCGGCAGAGGAUCCUGCAGCGUCGAGGGACGCGGUAUCGGUGACCACAAUGGCGUCAGAAUCUGUGACAGUGGAAAGGCGAGGGGAGUACGCCGCCGUGUGCAAAUGGGCCAUCGCGAAUUUUCCUAGGAUCAAGGGGCGAGCACUGUGGAGUAAGUACUUCGAGGUUGGCGGCUAUGAUUGCCGCCUUCUAGUUUACCCCAAGGGUGACUCUCAGGCGUUGCCUGGUUAUAUUUCUAUCUACCUACAGAUUAUGGACCCUCGGAAUACAACUUCGGCCAAGUGGGACUGCUUUGCCAGCUAUCGCCUGGCCAUAGAAAACCCCAGCGAUGCCUCCAAGUCCAUCCAUCGUGACUCAUGGCAUAGGUUCUCCUCGAAGAAGAAAUCCCAUGGCUGGUGCGAUUUCACACCCUCAAACUCUAUCUCAGACCCCAAAUUAGGGUUCUUAUUCAACAAUGACUGCCUCCUUGUAACUGCUGACAUACUAAUUCUGCACGAAUCUGUUAACUUUUCACGCGAUACCAAUGAAUCACAGUCCAGCUCCUCCUCCAAUGUAGCCGUUAGUGGUCCCGUGGGGGAUGUUUUGAGUGGGAAGUUUACUUGGAAGGUGCAUAACUUUAGCUUGUUUAAGGAAAUGAUCAAAACACAAAAAAUUAUGAGUCCAGUUUUCCCAGCAGGGGAGUGCAAUUUAAGGAUCAGUGUGUAUCAGAGCUCAGUGAGUGGGGUAGAUCAUUUGUCAAUGUGUUUAGAGAGUAAAGACACUGAGAAGACGUUGAUAACAGAUAGGAGUUGUUGGUGCUUGUUUAGGAUGUCUGUGCUGAAUCAGAAGCCAGGUAUGAUUCACGUGCAUAGGGACUCUUACGGUAGGUUUGCAGCUGAUAAUAAGAGUGGGGAUAACACGAGCUUAGGCUGGAAUGAUUACAUGAAAAUGUCGGAUUUUGUGGGUUCUGAGUCUGGCUAUCUUGUGGAUGAUACCGCUGUUUUUAGCACCUCAUUCCAUGUAAUUAAGGAGCUCUGUAGUUUUUCAAAAAAUGGAGGAGUAAUUGGUUUAAGAUUAGGGAAUAGUUCCAGGAAGUCUGAUGGGCACCAUGGAAAGUUCACAUGGAGGAUUGAGAACUUCACUAGGCUGAAGGAUCUUUUGAAAAAGAGGAAGAUUACAGGGCUCUGCAUAAAAAGCCGAAGGUUUCAAAUAGGAAAUCGGGAUUGCCGGCUUAUUGUUUACCCUAGAGGACAAGCACAACCACCUUGCCACCUUUCGGUAUUUCUUGAAGUCACAGACUCACGGAAUACUAACAGUGAUUGGAGUUGUUUUGUGAGCCAUCGGUUGUCUGUUGUGAACCAAAGAAUAGAAGAGAAGUCUGUAACCAAGGAAUCUCAGAAUCGCUAUUCUAAAGCGGCAAAGGACUGGGGAUGGCGCGAAUUUGUGACACUGACCAGUCUUUUUGAUCAAGAUUCUGGAUUUCUUGUUCAAGACACUGUCGUGUUUUCCGCUGAAGUCCUUAUUUUGAAGGAGACUUCUGUAAUGCAGGAUUUUAAAUCUCAAGAUGAUGUGUCACGACUUACAGGUUCCCAGUUGGACAGAGUUGAGAAAAGGAGUUCUUUUACAUGGAAGGUGGAGAAUUUUUUUUCUUUCAAGGAGAUAAUGGAAACAAGAAAAAUAUUUAGCAAAUUCUUUCAGGCCGGUGGAUGUGAACUCCGCAUAGGUGUUUAUGAAUCUUUUGACACUAUAUGUAUAUAUUUGGAGAGUGAUCAGUCUGGUAAUGAUCCUGAGAAGAAUUUUUGGGUCAGAUACAGGAUGGCUAUCAUGAACCAGAAGGAUCCUUCUAAAACUGUAUGGAAGGAGUCUUCAAUCUGUACUAAAACAUGGAAUAAUUCUGUACUUCAGUUCAUGAAGGUCUCAGAUAUGUUGGAAGCAGAUGCAGGAUAUCUUGUACGAGACACUGUUAUCUUUGUUUGUGAAAUCCUGGAUUGCUGCCCUUGGUUUGAUUUUUCUGACCUGGAGGUAUUAGCUUCUGAGGAUGAUCAGGAUGCUCUGACAACUGACCCCGAUGAGCUCAUUGAUUCAGAAGACAGUGAAGGAAUAAGUGGAGACGAGGAAGACAUCUUUAGAAAUCUUCUUUCCAGAGCAGGGUUUCACCUCACUUAUGGAGACAAUCCUUCACAACCUCAAGUUACUUUGAGAGAAAAGCUUCUCAUGGAUGCUGGUGCUAUUGCCGGUUUCUUGACCGGACUUCGUGUAUAUCUUGAUGACCCUGCUAAAGUGAAGCGUUUGCUCCUUCCAACUAAAAUAUCUGGCUGCAAUGAUGUAAAGAAACUCAGUAAGAUUGAUGAAUCUUCUCCCAGUUUGAUGAACUUGUUGAUGGGAGUAAAAGUUUUGCAGCAGGCAAUAAUUGAUCUACUUUUGGACAUAAUGGUAGAGUGUUGUCAACCUUCCGAAGGCUGUCCUGGAAGUGAUUCUUUGGAAGUGACUUCCAAUCCUCUUCCAAAUGGUAGUGGUCCUAGUCAGACCACCACUAGUUCAUUAGAUAAUGAUAGGGCCAAUGAUGCCAAUGAAACUGUGCAGCAACCCCUGCAUGAUAGACUGGAUUCUGUGAUGGAUGAAGGAACGAGUUUAUCUGCUGUUCAAAGCUCAGAUGUUGGUGACAAUGAUAACCAAGGGAAAAAGUUUCUCCGGCAGCCUAUUUGUCCUCCUGAAACAUCUGCUGGCGGUUCUUUAGAAAAUACUUCUAUUCGCUCAAAGACAAAGUGGCCGGAGCAGUCUGAAGAGCUUCUUGGAUUGAUUGUGAACUCCUUGAGAGCACUUGAUGGAGCUGUUCCACAUGGUUGUCCUGAACCACGGAGGAGGCCACAGUCUGCACAGAAGAUUGCACUUGUACUUGAUAAAGCACCAAAGCAUCUACAGCCAGACCUUGUUGCCUUGGUACCAAAAUUGGUUGAGCACUCAGAACAUCCACUUGCUGCUUGUGCACUUUUGGAACGACUUCAGAAGCCAGAUGCAGAACCUGGACUGAGAGUGCCAGUUUUUAAUGCACUUAGUCAGUUGGAAUGCAGUAGUGAUGUGUGGGAACGUCUUCUUUUCCAGUCAUUUCAUCUUUUGAUAGAUUGCAAUGAUGAACCUCUUGCUGCAACCGUUGAUUUCAUAUUCAAGGCUGCAAUACAUUGCCAACAUAUUCCAGAAGCAGUCAGAGCAAUUCGCACAAGGCUAAAAGAUUUGGGAACAGAGGUCUCGCACUGUGUCCUUGAUUAUUUGAGCCGUACAGUGAGUAACUGUGCCGAUAUUGCUGAGGCGAUCCUUAGAGAUAUUGAGUCUGAUAAUGGUUUCAGUGAGAACUGCACAGCAGUUCCCUGUGGGACUUUCCUGUUUGGAGAACACUGUCAGAACACUGAAAGACGUGAUCAUGUGGAUGAACAUUCUUUCCAUUUUAGUAACAAUGUUUCUGAUAUCUAUAUUCUGAUUGAGAUGUUAUCCAUCCCCUGUCUUGCUGUUGAAGCAUCCCAAACAUUUGAGAAAGCUGUUGCACGAGGUGGUAUAUUGGCUCAAUCUGUAGCAAUGGCCUUGGAAAGGCGCCUUGCUCGAAGAAUAAAUUUAACCUCCCAAUAUGUUGCUGAGAAUUUUCAGCAUGAUAAUGUGGCUGUGGAAGGAGAAGCCAUUGAGCAACUGAGGGCCCAACAAGAUGAUUUUACUUCAAUUCUUGGUCUUGCUGAAACACUAGCACUUUCCAGAGACCCGCAUGUCAAAGGGUUUGUGAAAAUUCUUUACACUAUAUUGUUCAAAUGGUAUGCUGACGAGUCUUACCGAUUGAGGAUCCUCAAGAGACUUGUUGAUCGUGCUACCAGCACAACAGAGAAUACCCGUGAAGUGGAUUUAGAUUUAGAUAUUAUAGCAACUUUAAUUUGCGAAGAGACAGAAGUUGUUAGACCUGUUCUUGGUAUGAUGCGGGAGGUUGCUGAACUUGCAAAUGUUGAUCGAGCUGCACUUUGGCAUCAGUUAUGUGCUAGUGAAGAUGAAAUUCACCGCAACCGUGAGGAAAGGAAAGCAGAAAUCUCGAAUAUGGCUAAUGAAAAAGCUCUGAUGUCCCAAAAGCUUGACGAAUCUGAGGCUCUUAAUAUCCGCCUUAAGUCGGAAAUGAGGUCUGAGAUUGAUCGCUUUGCUCGGGAACGAAAGGAUCUUACUGAGCAAAUACAAGAUAUUGAGAAUCAACUUGAGUGGAUCCGCUCUGAAAGAGACGAAGAAAUUGCAAAGCUCACUACUGAGAAAAGAGUACUGCAAGACCGUUUGCAUGAUGCAGAAAUUCAGCUUUCCCAAAUAAAAUCUCGAAAGCGAGAUGAACAAAAGAAAUUAGUAAAGGAGAAAAAUGCUCUUGCUGAAAGAUUGAGGAAUGCAGAAGCCGCAAGAAAAAGAUUUGAUGAAGAGUUGAAACGUUAUGCCACUGAAAAUGUUACUAGGGAAGAACUACGGAAAUCACUUGAAGAUGAAGUUCGCAGGUUAACAGAAACUGUUGGACAAACUGAAGGUGAAAAGCGUGAAAAAGAAGAGCAGGUUGCUAGAUGUGAAGCCUAUAUUGAUGGGAUGGAAUCCAAGCUGCAAGCCUGUGAGCAAUACAUUCAUCAUCUGGAAGGAUCACUUCAGGAAGAAAUGUCAAGACAUGCCCCGCUAUACGGGGCUGGCCUGGAUGCAUUAUCGAUGAAGGAGUUGGAGACAUUGGCAAGGAUUCAUGAAGAAGGGCUCAUGCAAAUCCAUACCAUCCAACAACGGAAAGGAAGCCCAGGUGGUGGUAGCCCUCAUGUUGUAAGCUCCCUUAAUCUUCCGUCGCACACUAACGGAUUGUUCCCUUCUACAAUGGCUGUUGGACUUCCUCCACCCAUUCUACCGAACGGGGUUGGUGGGAUCCACGGUAACGGGCACGUAAAUGGUGCAAUUGGACCAUGGUUCAAUCAUUCCUGAGUCUCUCCUCUCUCUAUAGAUUGGACAUAUCCUAGCAAUCCUAGGUGGGGGUUAUAAAGCUCCCCCCUCUCAUCCCUAGUGUUUUAGCUCUGAAUUUGGAGCUUUGGUCCUGACCAAUGAUGUGUAGGGCUGGCUAUACACCUUUUUUUUUGAACUGGCAUUUUUAGCUGGUUGAAUUAUUGGAACAGGGGGGGGAGGGUAUUCCAAUAUAGCACUUACCAGCUAUUGCCAAUGCUGCACUUCCCCCCACUAAAUCAAUCAUAAGUUUUUCC